UGCCCUUGCGAGCCGGCCCCGGGGCGCCACCUUUCCACUUGGCUCCCUGCGAGCCCUGGCCCCCCGGGGGGCUGCGCGGGGCUCCCUAUUUGGCCAUGCGGCGGGCCGGGGGCGAGCUGCCCCGCGCCUGCCUUACAUGGGCCGGGCGACCGGGCUGCGUCGGGGCUGGCCAGGCUCCAUUCAUGGCCGCGCGGUCGCUCAAUGGCGCGGAGCCGACCAAAUAAGGAGAAGGUGGCUGCCCCGUCCCGCGGCGGCCCUGGCCGGCACUGCCCCUCGGGGGUUAUAAAUUUGGGCGUCUCCGCCGAGCCGGCACCCAGGCUGUCCUCCGCAACCCCCCUGCCGCCGCUGCUGGCCAGAUCCGUGCCUCCCUCCGAAGAUGUGUGACGACGAGGAGACCACCGCACUGGUGUGCGACAAUGGCUCAGGGCUGGUCAAGGCGGGCUUUGCCGGAGACGAUGCCCCCAGGGCUGUGUUCCCGUCCAUCGUCGGCCGCCCGAGACACCAGGGUGUCAUGGUCGGUAUGGGUCAAAAAGACUCCUAUGUGGGUGAUGAAGCUCAGAGCAAAAGAGGUAUCCUCACUUUGAAAUACCCCAUUGAACACGGCAUCAUCACCAACUGGGAUGACAUGGAGAAGAUCUGGCACCACACUUUCUACAAUGAACUCCGUGUGGCCCCUGAGGAGCACCCCACCUUGCUCACAGAAGCCCCUCUGAACCCAAAAGCUAACCGUGAAAAGAUGACCCAGAUCAUGUUUGAGACCUUCAACGUACCUGCCAUGUAUGUGGCCAUCCAGGCUGUCCUCUCCCUCUAUGCCUCCGGCCGUACAACAGGUAUCGUGCUUGACUCCGGUGACGGCGUUACCCACAACGUCCCUAUUUAUGAAGGUUAUGCUUUGCCCCACGCUAUCAUGCGCCUGGAUCUGGCUGGCAGGGAUCUGACUGACUACCUGAUGAAGAUCCUGACAGAGCGUGGCUACUCCUUUGUGACAACAGCUGAACGCGAGAUCGUUCGCGACAUCAAAGAGAAACUGUGCUACGUUGCACUGGACUUUGAGAAUGAAAUGGCUACUGCUGCCUCUUCCUCCUCUCUGGAAAAGAGCUAUGAGUUGCCUGAUGGCCAAGUGAUCACAAUCGGUAACGAGCGUUUCCGCUGCCCCGAGACCUUAUUCCAGCCAUCCUUUAUCGGCAUGGAAUCUGCUGGCAUUCAUGAAACCACCUACAACAGCAUCAUGAAGUGUGACAUUGAUAUUCGUAAGGACCUGUAUGCCAACAACGUCCUCUCAGGCGGUACCACAAUGUACCCUGGGAUUGCUGACCGCAUGCAGAAGGAAAUCACUGCUCUUGCUCCUAGCACUAUGAAGAUCAAGAUCAUUGCCCCACCUGAGCGCAAGUACUCCGUCUGGAUCGGCGGCUCCAUCCUGGCAUCUCUGUCCACCUUCCAGCAGAUGUGGAUCAGCAAACAGGAGUAUGAUGAAGCUGGUCCAUCCAUUGUCCACCGCAAGUGCUUCUAAGCACUUUCCCCCCCCUCAAUUUACUUCCUACUCAGGAUGAUGACGACAUGCUUCUUGGAGUCUUCUGGCAACCCUUCCUGAACUCCUCAGUCAUUGUACAGUUUGUUUACACACCCGUGCAAUCUAUUUGUGCUUCUAAUAUUUAUUGCUUUAUAAAUAAACAAGAUCUGGAGCUUGCAACCUA